AGGGAGGAGACAUGUCAUUAUCAGAGCUUCUACAGGUUCUAGACUCGGCCCCUCUUUUAUCUUACCACAUCAAUACAUUCAUGACUGCCUUGCACCAGAUGUAUUGUAGUAGAAUUGACAGCCUUCUAGACCUGUUUGAUUCUGUGGAGAAAUUUGCUAUCCAGGAUCAAAGUCGAAUGGAGACGUUUCCCUGUCUGUGGACUAGUGUUGUUGGUCUCUACUUACGACGGUUAAACUUAUCUUUUCGUCGUUUGAGUUUCUCUCAAGUAACAUCCCUGUACCAGAGGUUCAGGCACUAUUAUGAAGAAUGUUAUGCUACUCAUAAUAACCAGAUGCAUCAGCAGACAGAUGUACAGAUGGCUGCUGAAGAGUCAAACAUAACAGAUGAUAUUGAUUCUGAUGCCAAAAUGGAGGAUAUGAUGGAUGAGACAAGAGAAGAAACAGGAGCAGAUUUGACCAUGUGUAGUGCUGAAGUUCUUGCCAUCAACAGCACUGACGGUGAUCCUACCUCUCACCCAGAACCUGAACCACUGAUGCGUCAAAGAGAUACAGAAGGGGCAGGGGUACAGUCUGGUCACAGCACUCGUCAGCAAGCUGAGCUGUUCAUAAGCCAGCAGACUUCUUUGUUGCAGUUCAAUGAAAAUGCAGCGCUGUCACCACCAGAGUUGCAGGAAAAAAUAAGACAGCUGGUUAGGCAAAAUCCUGACCUUGCUGAAGCACAUUAUCUGAGUUACCUGAACUGUGUUCGUGUUAAAGAGUUUUCUGGUGCUGUACAUAGCCUGUUACGCACAUAUGAUGGUCAUUUAAUGCCCCGUGAAACUGGGAGAAUGGAGGACCAAGGUCGAGGAUUUAGAUAUGCUGCUCUCAAUCUCGCUGCUCUUCAUGCACAGUUUGGACACAGGAAAGCAGGUCUAGCAGUGCUGAAGGAAGCUAUUCGUUUGGCACAAGAGAGCAGUGACCAUGUUUGUCUACAACAUGCUCUAGCUUGGCUCUACACUUUGUCAUCAACACACAAGGGACAGUUGAUGCAAAGAUCGAUGGUAAAGAGCUUUGAGCUUUCUCUUAGUUACCUGAGCUCAUUGGGAAGACUGAAUCAUGCAGCUCAGUUGGUUCAUACGCGUUCUACUCCAGCCAACUUACUGCAGAGUAUUGUUCGAGCAGAGGCACUAAACUGUCAGCAUAGUUUAGUGUCUCUACAACAUGGGGCCUGGUCACUGAGAGCUGCAUUGUGGGCCAACUGGGGGAAUACAACAAUGACAGCAUUAGCAUCACAGCUGUUGCUGAACCUUAAUACACAUCAUCCCACUAGUCCUUCCACAUUCUAUGCCUCUCAACCCACUUGUGCUGCUGUGUGCAACAUUGCAAUUAGUUUUGCAAAUUUAGGAGAGUACCAGUUAGCUGGGGAGGUUUUACAACAUGCACAGGAAAGGUUUCCCAGCCAUAGUCAGCAUGCACGUACGUGGAUGUUUGCGCAAGCGCACAUAACUUUAAAUGACCUUCUUCACCAAGGACGCUGGACAGAAGCACAGACAGUAAUCACCAAUAUGGCUACUACACAUCCAACAGAAGCAAAAUUGAGGCAAUGUGAGUUGUUGGUUGCAAAAGGUGAACUGACACAGGUGUGGGAACUGUUAAGUGAAUUACAUAAAUCUCCAGAGAUGGUGGGUGAAUUACGAGUGAGACUUCUCCUAAUGGAGAGCUGUGUGGCAGUAGCAGGUGGAGGAAAUGCUGUAGCUAUUCCUUUGUUAGUUGAAGCUCUCACUACUGCUCACAAUCAUCACUUGACGUACUUAGCAGCAAUUACACACCUCCAUACAGCGAAUGUUCAGUUACAGUUAGGGUUGUUGAAUGAGGCAGAGGCAAGUGUUGGUGCAAGUCUUGGUGUAGUACUGUCUGGUGGUUCUGUCUACGACCAAGCCCGAGCCAGGCUGCUGGCAGCUAAACUUCAGGUUAGCAAAGCAAAAGGAAAAGACAGAAUAAGAAAACUCUUAGAAACAGCUGUAUCUCUAGAACUGGUCUCUAAGCUCUUCAGUAAGGUGAGAGCUCAUCACAAAGUGCGAGAAACUCUCUAUUUCAAGGCCAGACUCUACCAUGAAGUAGGAUGCUUUGAAGAACGAAAUAAGUGUGCUCUUGAAUUCCGUCAGUUUGAACUACAGCAUCCAUGUCAAUCAUAUCAGUUAUCAGUAAAUGCGUUUUGAAUGUUCAUUAAUAUUUUAAUGGAUUUUUUAUUUAUUUAUUUAUUUUUUUAUUAUUUUGAUAAAUUAUUUUUAUGGUUAUGAAAUCAAACAGAAUACUGUAUAUAUCCUGUUUACCAACAUAAUUUACAUCGGGGAAGAAGAACUCUGCAGGAUUUAUGUUGAUGAUACAUGGAGGUCCAUACUGAAUUCUAAUAAAAUAGUUCUUUAUA